CGUCGCCGUAUUCGCACUCGCACUCGAGACGCAUCUCCAAUCCAGGACUGCAGCAACGGCCCACUGUCCGAAGCACGUCAGAGGUGGCAACAUGCCUCGCCUUGGCUCUAGAAAGAGCCGCAAUGGUUGUGUGCAGUGCAAAGCGAGACGGGUGAAGUGUGACGAAUCUCGACCAUGUGGAGCAUGCACAAAAUAUCGCGUCGAAUGUAGUCUCUUGAGUGGUACAACAUCUGGUCGCCGUUCGAACGUUCUGCCGUCCCAGGCGAGAUCGACGAGCAGAGAAGUUUCCUCGAGCACCCCAGAACCCACGAAUUGGGCAUAUACAUCAUCGCCAAAUCCAUCAGUCACGGGAUUGGUCUUUCGGCCUGAAGCUGCUCCCGUGACUCCAGAAAUAACACACGAACAAUGGAUGCAGGAUCUAGAAUUGAUGCAUCAUUUCACCGCGCAUGCAUAUCUGACAAUGCCUGGCGCAGAACAUACCAGACAGAUCUGGGGUUACGCUGUGCCGCAGGAAGCAUUUAAAUACCCGUUCCUCAUGCACAGUGUUCUCGCGUUCUCUGCAAAUCAUCUUGCCCAUAUCAACCCUCCCAGAGCAUCUCACUUCCGACUGCUCUCUUCUACUCACCAAACGGCCGCCCUCACCUUCUUGAACACAGCUCUCACUGAUCUCGGACCGACAAACUGCCAUGCACUCUUUGCAGGAGCCUCCUUAGUAGUCAUGAAUGCAUUUGUAGAUGCAAGCACACAUGACCUAGACGCUCUCAUCGAAAUUUUCCAGCUCCUUCGCGGCAUGGUGUUUGUGCUGCACAACGCCGAGUCCUGGAUUGAAAGCGGUCCAUUUGCAAUGAUAAUACGACCGUGCAGCGAUCAAUCCAAGUCACCGCCACCUCUAUUAUCCGCUUUUCUCAUAAACAUUCAGGCAUUGGCUUGUUCACCGCCCCAAGGGUCAACGCCAAAUCAGAUUGCCUGUAUCAAAGCGGCCGAGGGACUUCGUCAGAGUGUGCAGUACAGCAUCGAAUCAUCUCCUCACCCUGCGUUCCGAGCAGCAACGACAUGGCCCACGACGAUUGAUGCAGAAUUCUUGGAAAUGUUGAGAGUAAGGACAGACCCUGACGUGCAACAGUUGUUCAAGCAGUAUUGCAAGAUACUGGAGUUUGCCAGCUCCGAUUUUUGGUUUCUUUCCGGGUGGAGAGGCAUCUCGCAGCUUCUGUAGAACCAAGUCGUGCCGUGUUACAUUGGAGAAACUUCGGAUGCGUCCUGGAGGAAUACAUAGGUAUCUAAUUUGUAUAGACGACUUGUUUUGGACUAGAACCACGUCGUAUAGCAUUGCAAACGUUCCCUUUGAAACAGUUUGCGGCUUUCGUUCGCAAGAAGAUGUGUCUCAGUUAAUGUCUUGUCGCGGUAUUUCCUUUCGGUGAUUGUUGGUUUGCAAACCCGUACUCAGCGCUCUUGAUAAAUAUGUGAUCUGGCGCCGGAAUCGCAGAACGAUGUCUCC